AUGCUGCAGCAGAGCUGCUGGUUGGCCAGGCCGCCAGUAUAUAUGCACCGGCAGGCGGCAGGGCUGAAGAGAGAGAGAUCGAGGAGCGUAAGGUAGAGGAGAUAUAUAGCGCAAGGAGGAGCCUCGCCAACCUCGAAGCUAGUCCAAACUAGUGGGAGGUUGUGUGCAGUGAUCGAUCGAGGAAGACGAGAAGCUUUUCGCUGCUAGCUACCGCCCGCCCGGUGUCUGUCGAUCUGUGACGACCGCCAAGCCGAAGCCAAAAAGGCAGCAGUAGUCGUCAAGUUCAUCGAUCUCGGCAUCGACGACCGCCCGUCCAUGGCGCGGGGCAAGGUGCAGCUGCGGCGCAUCGAGAACCCGGUGCACCGGCAGGUGACCUUCUGCAAGCGCCGCGCCGGGCUGCUCAAAAAGGCCCGGGAGCUCUCCGUCCUCUGCGACGCCCACGUCGGCAUCAUCGUCUUCUCCGCGCACGGCAAGCUCUACGACCUCGCCACCUCCGGGACCAUGGAAGAGCUGAUCGAGAGGUACAGGACUGCCAGCAGCAGAGAAGCAGCCGACGGCUGCGGCGACAAUAACAGAAUGGACGCAAAGCAAGAAACCAUGGUGCUGCAACAGGAAAUCAACCUGCUUCAGAAAGGCCUGAGGUACAUCUAUGGGAACAGAACAAAUGAACACAUGAAUGUUGAAGAACUGAAUGCUCUAGAGAGGUACUUGGAGAUAUGGAUGUACAACAUCCGCUCUGCAAAGAUGCAGAUAAUGAUUCAAGAGAUACAAGCACUGAAAAGCAAGGAAGGCAUGCUGCAAGCUGCUAACGAAGUUCUUCAGGAGAAGAUAGUAGAACAGAGUAGUUUGCUUGACGUAGGCAUGGUUGUAGCGGAUCAACAGAACGGGCAUUUUAGUACAGUCCCACUGGUAGAAGAGAUGAUCAGUAACCCGCUGACUAUACUGAGUGGCUAUUCUAACUGUAGGGGCUAUUCCUUCUGACACUGUCAUGACACCCUGGGGGGCUAACUCUCUGUUGAUUACUACUACUAGUGUGUAAUACUACCAGUUAAUAAAGCUUGUGUAACUUGCCAUAUAGCCAGCCCUCCAGGAGUGCCCUGGUAUUGUAUCUGUGUGCUUUUUUUUUACUUCCCAUAAUAAAGAACUGUUGAGAA